AAGCAUGUCUCAUGCGAGGCGUGAACCCUGCAGUGUGCGCACCUACUCACGUCCAUCCGGCAAACUUGUUAAUUUAUACAUACCACGUAAUACCCGUCUUCUUCGACACUAGAAAGUUUUCUGGCUAUAUUAUAAGAAGUAGUAGGUUGAUCUCCCUCAUCCCAAAUUGACUCGUCAUCUCCAACCGUUGAAUCAUUAAUUAUUUGAACUACGUGAUCACGAGUUGAUAUGGUUUUUGUUAUUUACUGUUAAAGAACCAGGUUUAUUAGUUGGGGGCUUCAAAAUUUCUUUUUCGGAUUUCUCAACAGCAGGCUCUUGUUCUUUGCUCUUGUUCUUUUUCAGUUUGUGAUUGCUGUGAAGAUGGGGUGGUGGGGAUGGAACUUGUGUAGUGUUUUUUCCGGAGUACUAUUAUUUUCAACAUGAUUAAAUAACGAAUACUUUUUUGUAUAUUAAAAUAU